UUGAAAGUUGUUUAAACUCUCGGCCAAUAAGCCCCAUAAGCGACGACUCAUCAAACUUGGAACCUCUAACUCCAGGACACUUCCUUAUAGGUACCCCAUUGUUAACCCCUGCCGAACCCAAUUUAGAGGAUGCAAACUUAAGCAUCGUUAACAGAUGGCAGAAACUAAAAAUACUCUACCAGCACAUUUGCAAGAGAUGGAAGGAAGAGUACCUUAAGGAGCUACACAAACGAUACAAAUGGAAAUAUCCCCAACGUAAUGUUGAAGUUAACGACUUAGUCGUUAUAAGAAACGAAAAUAUUUCACCCAACGAAUGGAAGCUCGGUCGAAUCCAAAAGGUCUUCCCCGGCUUAGACAAUAAAACACGAGUGGUUGAAAUCCGAACUGCUCAAGGCACAAUAACCCGCCCCAUCACAAAAAUUGUGAUAUUAAAUACAGAAUAACAUACAAGUUUUCUCUUCUUUUUUUAGUGAAAUGGCCCCAACAAUCACCAACUCACCCAAACCUCGUCGUAUGAGCUCGACCAUUACCAUCCGGUCCCGUAGCGCAACCCGUAGCAUUACGCCAAUUUCGGAAGACGAAACGAUGUCACGACGCAUGCGGCGUUUCAAGUCGACCCUUCCCACUAUUCGUGAGGAAAAGGAAUGUGAUGAUCGCACAACCCGAAAAACGAUCUCACAUCACAGAAAACCCACAUCACAUCGUCAUGUCGCCUGCGGAAUAUGCAAAAAAGACCACCGUCUAGUGACUUGCGCUACAUACUCUUUAUACAACAUAAAUAAGAAAUACGAAGCAGUAAUAAAACACCACUACUGCGUUAAUUGCUUAGCCAGGUCGCACAAGACAGAAGGAUGCACAAGCAAAAAUCGAUGCUCCACUUGUCAUGGGAAGCAUCAUUCAUCCCUACACGGACAUCCGAGGCUAUACCCGGCCAACGAUGCAAAUACUGUUGAGAAACAUCCACUUGCGACAGAGACCCGACUACCAUCCUUACUGGCUAAGCAGACCCUAUUACCCACACUGAAGAUCCGUUUAAGAUGCGAUGGCGAAUGGUAUAAAGUUCGAGCCAUUUUAAACCCUACCCUCAAAAUUACAAAUAUAGCGGCCGAACUCGUUAAAAAAUUAAAACUGCCAAUUACAUACCUCAACACUUAUCGUAUUUGUAGCAUCAAAAUUAGCUCAAAUAAUGAUACAAAGUUUUGUUUGGAAUGUAACGCAGUUAUAACACACAAGUUACCCAAAAAACCCUAUGAGCGAGAUCUAAGUGACGAUGUGCAAAUGCGCUUUGAACACUUAGUUCUCGCUGACCCUCAAUUCCAUAGCAACAGGGAUAUAACGUUGGAGAUUGGAGCGGAUAUCUACCCACAAAUCAUCAGAAAUGGACUAUUCAAACCCGACAAUGGUACAGUGGUAGCGCAGAAUACAGCAUUUGGCUGGACCCUUACUGGCACCAUCUAACCCUAAAUUCUGCAAGGUGGCCGGGAUGUUUAAUCCAAACAAAUACUCCUCUGCAUUACUCCCACAAAUUACAUAAAGUAAUAGAGGCGUAAUGCAGAGGAAUAUCAACCGCCCCAACUUCACGCAACAGGCGAAGAAGGAAAGACAAAAAAGAAAAUAACUUUCCCGCGCUUUUUGCCUUA